UUUUACUGAGAGUCAUUCUUUUUAAACAGGAUUUUGGAACAUCGGGCAAGUGUGCAUAUUUUCUUUCGUUUGUUUGUUUAUGUUUUUAGUACCUUUUCUUUUUAAUUUAAUUUGUGUAGGUAGUGUGAAUUGUAAAUUAGUCUAUGCUAGGUCGUCGAUCUUUAUCACUUCCUUUGAAUUUGUGCGACCUUGAGCUUGAGCGUACUCUUAGACAAAAUAGGACCAGAAGAACGGCUAGUGUGUCUGGAGAACAUUCUAACUCAGUCAUGGCUGAUGAAGAGGAAAGACCUGUUUUGUUAAGAGAUCACUAUGUCCCGUCCACUUACAAUUCACCUUCAUGUCUUCAGCUACCUAAUGUCACGGUGGCUAAUUAUGAAAUUAAGUCCAGCAUAAUUCAAAUGCUUCCAUCUUUCUAUGGACUUAAUAACGAAGAUCCUUACAAGCACAUUGAUGAAUUCUUAGAAAUUUGUUCGACGAUUAAGAUGCACGGUUUCUCUGAAGAUGCGUUGAGGAUGCGUCUUUUCCCGUUUUCUCUGAAGGAAAAAGCCAAGCAUUGGCUAAAGUCCCUUGAACCCAACAUUGUCACAUCAUGGACUCAAAUGCAGCAAGAAUUCCUGAAGAAAUAUUUUCCCAUUGGCAAGACCAAUCAAAUAAGGAAAACCAUCAUUGGUUUUUCACAAUUUGAGGGAGAACAAUUCCACGAGACGUGGGAAAGAUUGAAGGAUCUGUUAAGGAAAUGCCCGCACCAUGCCAUUCCUAAAUGGCAGCUGGUGCAAUGUUUCUAUGAUGGCUUGACUGAGCCACAUAGGCAGAUGGUUGACGCCUCCUGUGGAGGUACUUUCAUGAUGAAGAGCGAGAAUGAAGCAUGGAUUCUAUUUGACAAUUUAAGUGAAAACUCUAUGCAACAUGCUUCUACUAGUCGUAGGACACCUGCUCCCAAAGCCCCAAAGACUGAAAGUCUUUUUGAAGCAAGUACUCCAUUUGAUGUAACCACUAAGGUGGAUGCAUUAUCUAGGAAGAUAGACCAGCUCAUGGCAGCCGGCUUUGCACCCACCUCCUCUUCACACAUUUCUCUACAACAAGAACCCUGCUCAUUCUGUUCUAGCACUAUGCAUCACGUGAGAGAUUGUCCUACGGCUGGGCAAUUCUCUGAGCUUUCGACAGAGCAAGUUAAUGCUACUUUCUCUAGACCGGGGAAUGAUCCUUAUUCCAAUUCAUAUAACCCGGGAUGGAGAAAUCACCCGAAUUUUUCAUGGCGAGUGCAAGCGACGGACAAUUCUGCGCCACAGCAUCCCAAUCAAGCCUCCCGACCACCAUCCAAUAUUUAUCGUCCUCCCCACCAACAAGCUCAAUCAGUUCCAUAUCCUCCUAGGAACUCUGCUUUUGAGGAUAAAGUGCUGGCCGCUCUCGGAAAACUUGAGUCACAAACUCAGUUGCUGAAUUCUCAUUCUCAAUCAAUUUCCAAGUUAGAAACCCAAAUUGGUCAACUAGCUAAUACUCUCAAUAGGAGAAUGGAAGGGACUCUGCCAAGCCAACCCGUGAUGAACCCUAAGGGACAAUGUAUGAUUGAUGAGAAUACUGCUAGCAGCUCUCAUCAUGACCAAGUCCAAGCAAUCACUGUACUGAGGAGUGGAAAAACUGUGGACAACAAGGUGGAGGAGAAGAAAGAUGAAGAAUCUGAACCAUCCAAGAAGCUAACCCAAGCAAAAGACAAAGGAGGAAUGCAAGAUGACAGUCCUAUUUCUGAGGUGCCAUACGCACCUAAGGCUCCAUUUCCAGAGCGCCUGAGAGAGUCCACUCAAUUUGGGAAGCAAGGAGAGAAGAUCCAGGACAUGCUUGAGAUCUUCAAGCAAGUGAAAAUUAACAUCCCUCUGCUAGAUGCUAUCAAGCAAAUUCCUUCAUAUUCCAAGUUUCUCAAGGACUUGUGCACUCAAAAGCGCAAAACAAAGAGUCAUACCCCAAAGAAGGUUGUUCUAACUGAACAAGUCAGUUCCCUCCUGCAGCAUAACAUUCCUUUGAAAUACAAAGAUCCUGGUACUCCCACCAUUUCUUGUACAAUUGGAGACCACACGAUAGGAAAAGCCCUCCUUGACUUGGGCGCAGGCGUGAAUCUACUUCCUUACUCUGUGUACCUGCAGUUAGGCUUAGGAGAACUCAUGCCCACCACUGUUAUCUUGCAGCUAGCGGACCAAUCUGUCAAGAGACCGCGGGGAAUAAUUGAAGAUGUAAUCAUUCAAGUGGACAAAUUUUAUUUCCCCGUGGACUUCAUUGUUUUAGAUACUGAGCCAGUCCCUAACACUGACAAGAUGAUUCCUGUUAUUCUCGGCCGACCUUUCUUAGCCACGGCCAAUGCUUGCAUUGAUUGUAGAACAGGGAUUAUGGAGAUAACUUUUGGGAAUAUGAAAGUCAAGCUGAAUAUUUUCAAUGCCUUCCAACAGCCCCCAGAUGCAGCUGAGUGUUCUUUUGUUGACCUCAUUGAUGAAUCAGUUGAAGAAGUACUGCCCCACCUGUUGACGAAGGACCCUCUUGAAGCUUGUUUGAACCAUUUCAGCAGUGAAGAUUUUGAUGUUGAGCAGUACAUUGGUGAAGUUCAUUCUCUGCUCGACACUGCUGACCAGAUUGAUUGCCCUCCAUGGAAAUUGGCUAAAGAAGCGCUGCCCUUGACUUCAGGGACCCCUCCCAUUCCUUCUUUAGAAUCUCCACCAAAGCUUGAGUUAAAGCCUCUUCCGGAUAAACUCAAGUAUGCAUUCUUAGGUUCGGAUGACACUCUCCCUGUGAUCAUUGCGUCUGACUUACAAGAAGAUCAGGAGAGUGAAUUGAUAAGUGUGCUGAAGGAGCACAAAGAAGCAAUUGGUUGGACGAUAGCAGAUUUAAAGGGAAUCGACCCAUCCAUUUGUAUGCAUCGCAUCCACUUGGAAGAUGAUGCCAAGCCUUCUCGCGAGGCACAACGUCGAUUGAACCCUAACAUGAAAGAAGUUGUAAUGAAGGAAGUUGUGAAGCUGUUAGAUGCAGGCAUGAUUUAUCCCAUCUCUGACAGUAAAUGGGUGAGUCCCAUUCAUGUUGUGCCAAAAAGAUCAGGAGUGACGGUAGUUAAGAACAAAGACAAUGAGUUGAUACCAACCCGAGUCCAAUCGGGAUGGAGAGUGUGCAUUGACUACCGUAAGUUAAACUCAAUGACCAGGAAAGACCAUUUUCCUCUCCCCUUCAUUGAUCAAAUGGUGGAACGUUUAGCUGGCCAUGCGUACUAUUGUUUCCUUGAUGGAUAUUCCGGCUACAACCAAGUUCCCAUGGACCCUGAAGACCAAGAAAAGACCACUUUUACUUGUCCUUUCGGAACAUUUGCUUAUCGACGCAUGCCCUUUGGGUUAUGCAAUGCACCUGCUACUUUUCAACGGUGCAUGAUCAGCAUUUUCUCUGAUAUGGUAGAGCGUUACCUUGAGGUUUUUAUGGAUGAUUUUUCGGUUUUCGGUUGUUCGUUCAAAGAAUGUUUGCACCAUCUGAAUCUUGUGCUGAUACGAUGUAAAGAGAAGAAUUUGAUUCUUAACUGGGAGAAAUGCCACUUCAUGGUUAAACAAGGAGUUGUCUUGGGGCAUGUUAUCUCCCCACGUGGCAUUGAAGUUGAUAAAGCAAAGGUUGACUUAAUCUCUAACCUUCCGCCUCCACGGACGGUAAAAGAAAUUCGAUCUUUCUUAGGACAUGCCGGAUUCUAUAGGAGAUUCAUCAAGGACUUUAGCAAAAUUUCCAGGCCUUUGUGCAGUUUGCUUGCCAAAGAUGCCCCAUUCCUUUUUGAUGAUAAAUGCUGUCAAGCAUUCCAGACUCUGAAAACGGCUCUGACAUCCGCUCCAAUCAUCCAGCCACCAAACUGGAAUGUGCCUUUCGAGAUAAUGUGUGAUGCUUCAGAUUAUGCAAUUGGUGCUGUUUUGGGGCAACGUAUUGACAAACUUCCCCAUGUCAUCUAUUAUGCCAGCAGAACUCUAAAUGAUGCACAACUCAAUUAUUCUACCACUGAAAAAGAGUUGUUGGCAGUUGUUUUUGCUCUAGACAAGUUCAGAUCUUACUUGUUGGGCUCAAAGGUCAUAGUCUAUUCGGAUCAUGCCGCAUUGAAGUAUCUUUUGUCUAAAAAAGAUGCUAAAUCUCGUCUUAUCCGGUGGAUUUUGCUACUACAAGAAUUUGACAUUGAAAUUCGGGACAAAAAGGGUUCCGAAAAUUUGGUAGCUGACCAUUUGUCUCGGCUGAUUGUGGACUACAAUGAGGAUACUUUGCCCAUUGUUGAGACUUUCCCUGAUGAGCAGCUCAUGCACAUUGCUCAAAUCUCUGUACCUUGGUUUGCGGAUAUCGUUAAUUAUCUUGUCACUGGCCAAAUGCCUUUGCAUUGGACGAAGCAAGAUAGACUUAAAUUAUUGGCCAAGGUGAAACAUUUCUUCUGGGACGAUCCAUACUUGUUUAAGUAUUGUCCUGAUCAAAUCAUUAGGAGAUGUAUUCCAGAAAAUGACCAAUCCAGCGUCAUCUCCUUUUGUCAUGACCAUGCCUGCGGGGGCCAUUUUAGUGCUCGAAAGACCGCUGCAAAAAUUUUGCAGUGUGGAUUCUAUUGGCCCUCAAUUUUUCGUGACGCCCACACUUAUUGUGCAGCUUGUGAUCGCUGUCAAAAGUUAGGGCGCAUUUCUCGACGGAAUAUGAUGCCUCUUAACCCAAUUCUUAUAAUUGAAAUAUUUGAUGUUUGGGGCAUCGAUUUCAUGGGACCUUUCCCGAGUUCCUAUGGUAAUCUUUUUAUUCUUGUCGCUGUUGAUUACGUGUCAAAAUGGGUGGAAGCCAAGGCUUGCAAAACAAAUGACCAAAAGGUUGUGGUUCAAUUCUUGAAAGACAAUAUUUUUGCUCGCUUUGGUACUCCACGGGCUAUCAUUAGUGAUGGAGGCAAGCAUUUUUGCAAUAGGGUUUUCGACCUUCUCAUGAAGAAAUACGGGAUAACCCAUAAGGUUUCCACCGCCUACCAUCCGCAAACAAGCGGUCAAGUGGAAGUAUCUAAUCGGGAGAUCAAGCGCAUCCUGGAAAAGACAGUGAAUCCCACAAGAAAAGAUUGGUCAAUGAGAUUAAAUGAUGCACUGUGGGCAUAUCGGACUGCUUUCAAGACUCCCAUUGGUAUGUCACCAUACCGCCUUAUUUUUGGAAAAGCCUGCCACCUCCCAGUGGAGCUGCAACACAAUGCAUAUUGGGCCAUCAAACGGCUUAAUUUUGAUCUCCACGAGGCGGGUUCUCAGAGGAAACUCCAGCUUGAUGAGUUGGAGGAAAUUCGGAAUGAUGCGUACGAUUGUGCGAAGCUCUACAAGGAUAAAAUGAAGAAGAUUCAUGAUCAACAAAUUUUGAGAAAAUCCUUUGAAAUUGGUCAAAAAGUUCUUCUCUAUAAUUCUCGUUUGCAUCUUUUCCCGGGAAAACUCAAAUCUCGAUGGACCGGGCCGUUUAUCGUUCGUACCAUUUCGACCCACGGAGCCAUUGAGAUUGAGGAUCCCAAGAACGGUAAUACAUUCAAAGUAAAUGGCCAAAGGUUGAAACCGUUCUUGGAAUUGAAAAAUCCAGAAGUAGAGGAAAUGCUACUGGACGACCCCGUCUAUCACGACUGAUUGGGGGACGGUCGGGCUAACGACGUUAAACUUAGCGCUUGGUGGGAGGCAACCCAUCCAUUUAGUAUUGUGUUUGUUUACAUUCAGUUCAUUUUUUUAUUAUUAUUAUUUUCGGUAGUAGUUUUUAUUUACUAACACUCCAUCCGUGCAUUUCAUGAUGCCUAGUCCAUUAUACGGCUGGAGUAGUCUUGUGUUUUUCAGGACAGAUGCACCUACAUCUAAGUUUGGGGGAGUUCAAUUCGCCCCAUCUUUUCCUUCUCUCCCGGCAAUGUAUCUCUAUUCACACAUUGGGGACAAUGUGCCAUUCAAGUUUGGGGGUAAGGAAUGUCCUUUUGUUUAUACGCUUUGUUUAAAAAAAAAAAAAAAAAAAAAAAAAAAAUCUGAGAAUGUGUGACAUUUUAAUUCUGAUUUGCAUUCAUUGGCGAGUUUAAAGUUAUGAACACAUGAUCAUUUGACUAGGACAGCUAAAUUGGUUACUUGUUUUUUGAAUAUGUGAUGAUAUCACAUGUUUUACCUUGCACUUAGCACAGAGCACACUAGCAUAUACUUGUGAGGCAUGAAAUAUGAAACUGAAUAUGUAUGUGUUUGAUGUCUUAGAAUUCAAUCGGUUGACGUGUUGGCUGAACACCUUGGCAU